CUCCGCUACUCUCGUCGCCCUAUCAAUUUGAUGAACCGAACGCGCUUGCCGGCAGAAAAUCGUACCACCCACGAGAAAGCUGUUGUCUGCUGCAGAGACUGACUGCAUGCGGAACUGGGAAAUGCAGCGGCGCUCGCUGCCUGCGCCCGCAGCCUCGUUUCGCGACAAGAAGGCAAAGAUCUUGCGGCAACUGGGUGUGCCGGACGCAGAAUACUUUGACGCCUCGCCCAAAGGGUCCGUCGACGAAGGUAUCCGCGACCUGAUUGACGAGAUCAACCGCGCCGAAGGCUUCGUCACGACAAGCAGCUGCGCCGGUCGUGUGAGCGUGUUCCUCGAGGGCAGGAAAGGGGCUGCAGCGGCCGCGGCGUCUGAAGAUGACGAUGGUGCCGUGAGGGAUGAUGGGCUUGUACGACAGCAGCCGCGACAGGUAGCUGGCGUGGGCGGAAAGGGCGCUGGCGGCACAUGGCUUCAUGUGUCCCAUGACCCUGUUGCCUGCGAGGCUGACGAGGAUUUCCACGCCUGGGUAACGAGCUUGGGUUUCAAGACCGCGGACAAUGAGUCUGCAUGUUCAAGUACAAGUGGCGCCAGCGCGGAGCGCAGACUUAUUCACUUCAAAUUCGAACCCAUGAUCCUCCAUGUCCUGACCUCGUCCCUUGCCCACGCACAGCUGAUGGUCCGCGUCGCACUGCAAGCUGGUUUCCGUGAGUCAGGCGCUAUUAAUAUCGCGGAGCCCUCUUCGCCUGACGGCCAGGCCGCGACGCCCAUUGUCGCAGUCCGCUCCAUGGGCUUGGGCUUCGAGUCCCUGCUCGGGUACGACGAGGUCCAGCCGGACGGGCAGUGCUGGCGGCGGCGGCGACUCGUCGACGUGGAGUACCUGCGUACGGUGUUGGGCAUCGGAAACGAGCGGUUCUCGGAAAAUGCGAAGCGCAUCCAGAGGUUCCGCGAGUCCUUCAGGGUGGCGCUGCGAGAUCCGGAGCCGAGGAAGAACCCCGCGGGCGGGGAGUGGGAGGACGCGGCGCAGCGGAAGGAGAGGAUGCGAGCCGAGGGGCUGAGGAGGAAAGCCGAGCUUGACGCGGAAAAGAGCCAGGAGCGUGCCGCAGAAGAAGCAGAUGUGGCUCCGUGACGGAUGUGCGCGAGUUGAUCACCAGACACCGAUAUCCGACAUGUACGGACACCCCACAUCCAACGACACACGUUGUAGAAAGAGAUUCGACGCAAGCUCUUAGUGAGAGCUGUGGCGUCCUGAAGAACUGCUCGUGCGCCGUUGACACUCGAAACAUCUGGGCUUACAGCACGCAAAGAGCGGCUUCACGUCAUGGUAGAUGCGACGAUGUCACGAGGUCAGUGGCGCUGCUUGAUGCACCGUCAUGAGAGUGACGCAGACCCCCGUUGGUCCGUAACGUCGGCGUUGCCAAUCGACGGCUCUAUAUAGAUAGAGGCUCUUGAGACGGGCUUGCUUCAGGAUGCUGAGGCAUUGGGCAUGGGAGUAGAACUGUGCCAUAUCUGUUACAACACAGGCCAAGGUGCAAGGAAACACGAGAAACUCCUGUUGUUUUAUGCCUUUAUAUUCUAUGCAGUUUUGGCCGCCGUCGACGCUGUAAAUGUACACAUCC